UUUCCCUCCCUCUCCCCCCCAGGGCUUUUCCUGGUUCCUUAUGAAAUAAAUGAGCCUAACUUUCCUAUGUCAGAGAUAACUGUAGCUUCCAGCCUCACAAUAGCAGAGCUCAGAGCCCCUCCCAGGCACCUCCUGCCUGCUCAGGUAUCUCCUACCUACUCUAGGGUAGAAAUGUCUGGGUAAGAGGCUGGCGCCGCCCUAAACCCCCAGCGUGUGAAGCCAUUCUCAGACCUAAGGACCCUCAUGAUCUAUUGUCUGACCAAGUACAACUGGAGCAUUGUAGGAAAAAUGUCCAUUCGACUAUAAGAGCUAUCGGCCUCCGGCAUGGAAACUGAAUACCUGAAGAAGUGCUUUGGAAAUUGCCUGGCCCAGGCACUGGCAGAAGUGGUGAAGGUUCGGCCCAGUGACCCGAUAGAGUACCUGGCUCACUGGCUUUAUCAUUACCGGAGUAUAGCCAAGGCAAAAGAAGAGCACAGGCAAGAGAAGGUGCAGCUGAAGGAGGAACGUGACAGUGGCCUCGAGGAAGCGGACGUGUUAGACAUGCUGAAGCAAAGGGAGGAUCAGACCCAACAGGAGAGUGAGCAGGACCACACGGAACCGCUUUCUGCAAAGAAGGCCAUAUUCACGCGGGAAGACACGAAGCUGCUUGAGAAGGAGGCCUCAGAGCAGGAAGCCCUGCCCAGUACUUCCAGUGUGAUUCUGGGAAUGCCUUCCACCGAGUCAGCUGGCCAGAGUGACCGGAACUUUGAAAUGCCCUAAGAAAUAAAUUACCAGGGAGUUUAUCGGCAUGAACUUGCUGACUCCUGAAUCCAAAUAUCCCUCUUAGAUUUUCAGACACUCAUAAUUCUGUUCCCUCAGCACAUCAGACCAAGAGAAUGGCCAGCUUGAAGAGCUCUCACUUCCACCAAGAUUUGAGGGCCUAUAGAAGGAGGCAUUUGCAGAAACCCUACAACCCAAUCCCAUUCUCAUAGCUAAGAAAACUCCAAUCAUGUGAAGAAUUGAACUACUUAUAGGAUAAAAUGAACUCAGAAUAAAAAUCUAAAAUAAUGUAUGUUUCCAGGUUUUUCUUUUUUUUUUACAUUUUCCCCAAUUGUUUUCUUGUGGUGAAACACAUACAGCAUUAAAUGUACUGUAUUAGCCAUUCACAAAUGUGUUGAGAAUGUCCACUUCACCUUGUUGGGCAGCCAUCACCACCAGUCAGCACCAAACGGUUUUCAUCUUGAAAAGCUUAAUAUGAAUAAAUUCCCAGUCUCUCCCCUCUCCCAGUGCUGAAAACCACCACUCUACUUUCUGCCUCUAUGGUUUUGACUAUUCUAAUACUGCAUAUAAAUAGAAUUAUACAGAAUGUGUCUUUUUGUGGCUGGCUUAUUUAACUCAGCAUGUCCUCAAGGUUCAUGCAUGUUGUAGCACUGUGGGGAGCAACUGAGACUAGACUAAAUUACUGGAACUAGGACUAAUUCUAUGCAUCUGCUCUCCCACAAUAUGGCGCUGAGAGAGAGACCAAACAACCUCUA